AUGGCUCUUGUGAAAGCAGCUGAUCCACAGACCUCCUCUUCUAAUGCUUCUCGAUAUUGUCGUUAUCACGUGUUCCUGAGUUUCAGAGGCCAAGACACUCGCAAGACUUUCUCUGACCACCUCUACACGGCCCUUGUGAACGCCGAAUUUCGUACUUUCCGAGACGACGAUGAAGUCGAGAGAGGAGAAGGUAUCAAGCCCGAACUGCAGAAAGCAAUCAAACAUUCACGAACUUCUGUUAUUGUAUUUUCGAAGGACUACGCGUCGUCCACAUGGUGCCUUGACGAGCUCGUCCUGAUCCGUGAAAUUCUUUUAAUUUCAGAAGAUUUUGAAGAAGAGAGCACUUAUUCCACUAUAUUAGUUGGACUUGGAAGGGCCACAGGAUCUGAAGCCAUGAAAUUUACUAUCUUCUCAUGA